AUGUCUGACACUAUUAAAGACUCUGAAGAUGAUAAGAAAUAUAAUUGCAAUCUAGUACAAGCAUUUGAUCAAUAUAUAUUAUGUUGCACUAUUGGGGGACAAGCAAUAAAUUACUAUAGAUAUGGAGAACGUAAAAGUUGUAAGUCAAAAUGGGAAGACCUAAAAUUUUGUUUACAACUUAAAUCUAAACCCAUUGACAUUCGUAAGAAAUUGAUAUUGGAAAGAGAAUCUCUUAAAGAAGAACAAAAAAGUAAAGAAAGAAGUUCUUUAGAUGUUUGGGAAAUCAGAGAUAAACCUUUGCAAAAUUUUCCUCCAAAUAUACCCUAA